AUGGAACGAGAGGAAGUGGCUAUGCCCAGGAAUGAAACGAGAGGAAAUGGAAUGAGAAGACGUGCCCAGGUGUGGGCCAGGGUCAAGACCGAAACGGUCCAUGUACGAGGACUGGGAUCGAGACCGAAGCGUGUCCAGGUACGAGGACCAGGGUCGAGACCGAUGAGUGCCCAGGUGUGGGCCAGGGUCGAGACCGAAACGGACCAGCUACGAGGACGUGGGUCGAGACCGAAGCGUGUGCAGGUACGGGGACCAGGGUCGAGAUCAAUGGGAGCCCAGGUGUGGGCCAGGGUCGAGGCCGAAACGGUCCAGGGUCGAGACCGAAACGGACCAGCUACGAGGACGUGGGUCGAGACCGAAGCGUGUGCAGGUACGGGGACCAGGGUCGAGAUCAAUGGGAGCCCAGGUGUGGGCCAGGGUCGAGGCCGAAACGGUCCAGGUACGAGGACUAGGGUCGAGACCGAAGCGUGUCCAGGUACGAGGACCAGGGUCGAGACCGAUGAGUGCCCAGGUGUGGGCCAGGGUCGAGACCGAAACGGACCAGCUACGAGGACGUGGGUCGAGACCGAAGCGUGUGCAGGUACGGGGACCAGGGUCGAGAUCAAUGGGAGCCCAGGUGUGGGCCAGGGUCGAGACCGAAACGGUCCAGGUACGAGGACUAGGGUCGAGACCGAAGCGUGUCCAGGUACGAGGACCAGGGUCGAGACCGAUGAGUGCCCAGGUGUGGGCCAGGGUCGAGACCGAAAGGGUCCAGGUACGAGGACUGGGGUCGAGACUGAAGCAUGUCCAGGUACGAGGACCAGGGUCGAGACCGAAGAAUGCCCAGGUGUAAGUCCAGGGUCAAGACCGAAACGUGUCCAGGUACGAGGACCAGGAUCGAGAUCGAAGCGUGUUCAGGUACGAGGACCGGGAUCGAGAUCGAAGCGUGUUCAAGUACGAGGACUGGGAUCGAGAUCGAAGCCUGUUCAGGGACGAAGACCAGGAUCGAGAUUAAGCGUGUCCAGGUACGAGGACGAAGGUCGAGGCCGAACCGUGUCCAUGUAUGAGGACCACGGUCGAAAUCAGAGUGCGUCCAGGUACGAGUGCCAGGGUCAAGAUCGACGUGUGCUCAGGUGUGAGAGCCAUGGUCGAGAUCGAAGCAUGCCCAGGUGCCAGGAGACGCGUAAAGACCAAAGUGUGCCAAGGAGGUGCACAAGACGAAAGAGGUAUGAGGGACAGCGCUGGUUCUGGCCGAGGGUGCACUUGGCGUUGGCACAACAAGGAUUUAGAACACAAUUCUCCAUG